CGCAGCCUCGCUCCGUCGCAGUCGCUGCCAGGUCCCAGCCUCUGACUCCUCUCAGCUCUCUUAAUCGGAGUAUCUCCCUCCUGCGAUUCACUCUUCCAUCUCAGAUUCUCAGAUGGGAAAGUCAAGAGGUAGCUGUUAAUCAGCAAAAAGGUGCAACCUUUGUUCCUCUUUAAUUCGAAGAAGUGAGGCUGUGUUUUGUCAGCUAUGGCUGCAACCAAGACUCGGACUAGUAGCUUCUCUCGCAAUUUAUCGGGGGCAAACUCACCUCAAAUUACUGGACUCAAGCAUGGACCCAAUGGCACAAUGUUCGUUUCAUCCGGGAUUCCAGAUCUUGACAAAAUAUUAGGUGGUGGUUUUUCUCUAGGGAGCUUAGUCAUGGUGAUGGAAGAUGCAGAAGCACCUCAUCAUAUGCUUUUGCUAAGGAAUUUCAUGUCUCAAGGACUUGUUCACAACCAACCCUUACUCUAUGCUAGCCCAGCCAAGGACCCAAGACAGUUUCUUGGUACUUUGCCAAGUCCAGCGGUAGCCAAAGAUGAAAAGUCUAGUCAUCGAGACCCUGAUCAGGAGAAAGGGUUGAGAAUAGCUUGGCAAUAUAAAAAGUAUUUUGGUGAAAAUCAGCAGGGUUUUGGUAGUCAAAAUAGCAAAUAUGAGUUCUGCAACAACUUUGACUUGCGGAAGCCCUUGGAGAGGCAGUUUCUAACGGGAAAUCGAAUAGAUUGUGCUAGCAUUCUUGAUUCUCCAAACCUUGCCACACUUCAGGCUCGUUGUACUACUUUUUUAUCACAAUUUCCAAGAAGUGAUGGGAACAUUUCUUGUGUUGGUCGAAUUGCCAUUCAAUCAUUCUGUGCUCCACAGUGCAGAUAUUCCAACAUGGAAUGGGAUAUGCUUUCCUUACUUAGAUCUCUAAAAAGUAUGCUACAAGUUUCAAAUGCAGUUGCUGUUGUGACAUUUCCGCCUAGUCUUCUAUCAUCCUCCUCCUCUACAAGAUGGCAACACAUGGCAGACACCUUGCUAUCAGUUAAAGCCAUUCCUGAUGAGGAUAAGGAAUUGGCAACACUCCUUACUAGUUACCAGGACAUGGUUGGCCUCCUUAAUGUGCAAAAAGUAGCACAAAUUAACACACAGGUUCCUGUCAUCCUUGAUGCAACAACCUUUUCAAUAAAGCUCCAAAAGCGGAGGUUUUUGGCGCUAGAAUGUCUAAACCAAGCCCCUGUCGAUGGUCCUAGUGGGAUUUCAUAUGGCUCUUCUGGUAGUUGUUCUGGGUCCUCUAAAAUUGGAUCUCUUGAUUUUUAAAUUGUGACAUUGUGAUAGAGGAAGAAAUCAGCCUUUGGAGUUAAAUCUUAGUCAUGCAUGUACUCGAUAUUAGUUUUCAGUUCUUGCUUUUUUGUUUUUAGCAAUAGGGACUAGAGAUAUAGAGAAAAAUUUGUAGUGAUUUAUGUGAUUAUAUAGCAAACAUUUCAAAAGAAGGCAGUAAGGUUAUUCAUGUAUUGAUCAGUAACAUU